CCAGCGUCCAGGGCGCCGGUGCAGGUCCCAGGCUCGACCUCGGUUUACCGGGCUCUGAAACGCGGACGCCGCGGCCCGCACGCCUUCCGCCUCUAGGGCUUUAUUCAUCCACAAAGGCCCGCGGAGGUGCGCGCCGAGGCCGUCAAUCGAGAGGAGGGUCCGCGCGGCAGUCGCGGGACGCAAUCCCCGCGGGCGGUGGAGAGGAAGAGGACCGUGAGGCAUGAGCGUCGCGGCUACGUCGGGGCCCAAUGAAUCGUGGUGGGCGCCGGCCAAUGCGUCGGGCUGCCCCGGCUGCGGUGUCAACACCUCAGACGGCCUGGCCCCUGCGCCGUGGCUCCUGGACGCCUGGCUGGUGCCACUCUUCUUUGCUGCAUUGAUGUUGCUUGGCCUGGUCGGGAACUCGUUGGUCAUCUACGUAAUCUGCCGCCACAAGCAGAUGCGAACGGUGACUAACUUCUACAUCGCCAACCUGGCAGCCACCGAUGUGACUUUCUUGCUGUGCUGCGUGCCCUUCACGGCCCUGCUCUACCCGCUGCCCGCCUGGGUCCUGGGCGACUUCAUGUGCAAGUUCGUCAACUACAUUCAGCAGGUCUCCGUGCAGGCCACUUGCGCCACUCUGACCGCUAUGAGCGUGGACCGCUGGUACGUGACGGUCUUCCCGCUGCGUGCCCUCCAUCGGCGCACGCCUCGCCUGGCCCUGGUCGUGAGCCUCAGCAUCUGGGUGGGCUCUGCGGCAGUCUCUGCGCCAGUGCUCGCCCUGCAUCGCCUGUCGCCGGGACCACGCACCUACUGCAGCGAGGCCUUUCCCAGCCGCACUCUGGAGCGCGCCUUUGCACUCUACAAUCUGCUGGCUCUCUACCUGUUGCCGCUGCUCGCUACCUGCGCCUGCUACGGGGCCAUGCUGCGCCACCUGGGCCGAGCCGCCGUGCGACCAGCGCCCACCGAUGGCACCCUGCAGGGUCAGCUGCUGGCUGAGCGGGCGGGAGCUGUGCGCGCCAAGGUCUCCAGGCUGGUGGCCGCAGUGGUGCUGCUCUUCGCUGCUUGCUGGGGUCCCAUCCAGUUAUUUCUGGUGCUGCAGGCGCUGGGCCCCACGGGCGCCUGGCACCCUCGCAGCUAUGCCGCCUACGCGCUCAAGAUCUGGGCACACUGCAUGUCCUACAGCAACUCGGCGCUGAACCCGGUGCUCUACGCGUUCCUGGGUUCCCACUUCCGACAGGCCUUCCGGCGCGUGUGCCCUUGUGCUCCUCGACGCCAACGCGGGCCCCGUGGGCCGGUACCCUCGGAUCUCCAGGUCCCCAACAUGGAGCUGCACUGCUUGGCUGCCCGCCCAGCCCCCACCAGGACGCCAAAACCCAGGAGCAGAGGGGCAGCAGGGAGGGGCUGUGCCUACUAGGGGAACACACUGCUCCUCUCUGAGCCACUUCCUUCACUCCCUGGGAUCCGCGUGGCCCCUCUGGAGCAGGGCGUGCUUCAGCAGCAGCGAAUAUUCUAUUAUUAUUUUUAUGAUCAUCCCAGAUAAUCAGAGAAAAUGUUGUUACCUUCCCAUAGGUCUGCCUGUGAUACUCCAACUGUGGCUUGUUAUUCCUGCAACUGAGGAUGUGCUAACAGUGGUAGUUUCUCCAUCUUUCCAGAAAGGGUCAGAUGUUUUCACACACUCUCAUGUGGCUGACCGUGACAUGUAAGAGCCAUUCAACUUCAGUGAUACUAAAAUGUGAAAACAGUGUGCACCUUGGGAACAUGUGAAAUAGGCUCAGCGGAAGACUCUGGGCCAGACCUGGAAGCUCAGGGGGUGCUUGGUCUUCUGGCAGACCAGGGGCAAGUACUCCUCAUCUGGCUGCUUGGGCCUCCUCCCUGCAUGGCAGGCUUCUUUGGCAGAAACUUCCGGAAGGAAACCAGGAUUCUCAAUUCAGGAGCCCCACAACUCUUACUCAUAAAGGCAGGGAGAGCCCUGGUUCCUUGUGGGUGUUGCAGAGCUCAGUCACCCUGCAGAACAAGCACCCUCAGGGCUCCAGGCCUUCCAAAAUAAUUCAUUUUGGGUCAGGUGCACCCCCUAGGGUUAAUCAGUGCUGAUGCCACUAUGGGUCUGAUCCUCUUGGGCUGAACCCACUGGGGUUCCUGUGUGACUGCUUCCCACUGUGUCUCCAAGACCCAGUACACAGUAGGCCUGAACACCAAGUGUGUUGUGGUAUGUGCACAGGGAGCUGCAGGAAUUUCCUGUGAGAAUAAACACAGGUGCACACACCAGCAGGGAGCUCAGGUACCCAUCACAGAGAAACAAGACCCAAGUCCACACAGAAGUGGGUCCUCCAAUCCUCAUAGUUUUAUUUGUGAGAGCCCCAAACUGGAAACAGUCGGAUGUCCUCCAGUGAGUGGCCUGUAUGCAAACAGUGCCUGGUUCACACACAGGCCACAGGGCAAGGACAGUGCUGACACAGGCACCACAGGCUGGAUCUCCAUGAACAGAGGCGCUGAGUGAAGAAAGCAUACUCCAAGCACACAAGAUGCAGGAUUCCAUGAUCUAAUACUCUUGAAAGGACAGAACAAUGGGAAAUGGCCAUCAGGGGUCAGGGAUGAUUGCGGGGGUGUGGGGGGGUGGGGGGUGAAGAACCCUGAACUUGACAGGGGAUAAAUGGGUGAUAAAUCUUUACAGAGUCACACAUACACCCUUGUAAAUGGAAAAUCUGAAUAAGAUAGUGGAUUAUAUUGAUGUCAAUGUCAUAAUGUGAUACUGGAUUACAGUUUUGCCAGAUGUUACUAGGAAGGCUUGGUAAGCUUACUCUAGAUCUUGCUGCAUGAUGUCUUAGGAAUGCAUGUGAACUUAUAAUUCUCUCAAAAUAAAAAAGUUUUAAAAAGCCA